AGGAGCACCAUGCACUUGUUCUACGUACGGUUUAGAGUGGUACGAUGACCCGACAAUGUCACCAGGAUUAGUGUAUCUUGCAAAGAAGCGCGCGUAUGAAAGUUUCGUACCGCCGGUUUUGGUGGGCCCAACUGAGUGUCAAACGAUUCCUGUGCCAUUUAUUCCAGACUCUGGAAGCAGUUUCACAUUUGUUUUCACACCAAUUCAACUUGCUUUCAGUAUCAAUCUUAUUAUGGAUGCAUAUAACUUCUACAUACAUGUCGCAAUAAGACACGGAUACUUCCUCAUGGAUUACUACAAAGAUGGUCGGUGGCGUCACCUCCCUGCAGACAUAGUAUACCCAGGAAUCGUUGGCCAGGUGCAAGAAGUUACGUUGGCAAUCUAUUCAGACCACUGUCAGGUAUUACUCGAUAACAAGUUUAUAGGACAAUUCGAAUCCCCACACAAGGCGAGCAAGAUCACUAAAAUAGUUUUCUGUCCAGAAAACGCUUUUGUCGAAUGGCAUUCCGUGGAGUGUAAGGAUACAUCCUAAAAUGGUGCAAAAUAUGCCCUAUUACGUUAACAUGCGUGAAAUGCAUUUGAAUUUAAAACUACGUAUAGUAAAAUAACACAAAACAUAGGAAAAUUGAAUGCAAAUAUUUUCUACGGCGGACAAUAAUUACUCUCCAAGUUUCCAUACCAUGGCAGAUAUUAACCAAAUACAUGUAUUAUUUGUGGAUAUUUUUCUUGCAAUUAUAACAAAUUUACAUGAAUAUAA